AUGGAUGGUAAAUCCAAACACGAACGCCCCUCCCAAUCAGAGAGCUUUGAUAGUUUUCGCGGAAUAAAGAUGAUAAACACCAACACUAAUACUACAAGCCCAAACAACAAUAGUAACAGCAUCGCGGGCCAACGAAAUGGCGAGUCAAGAAACCACCGUAAUCAAACAGAUACAUUUCAGAUGCGACAGACAACAGCAAGACUUUUAUGUCAAUCUCCAGACCCUGGGAGUAUCGGUGAAGAGGAGGAGGAGGAGGAGGAGGAUACAAGUCUUCAAAGUGAAUCAAGGCUUGUUCAGGCCAACCAGCGUUUCGUGCCCUCUGCUCCACCCCGAACACAUAUCCCCAUCACUCCUGAGUCAGCCCACUCCAAAACAAAGUCUCACCAUAAUCAGCCCUACGAAUUUCCAGCAAAGAGGCCUAUCCCAUCCCAGAGGUAUGGAAAACAGCAGCCUUCCCCACCGCAAAAAGGUUACCCCUCUCGUGAACCCAGAUCUCCACCUCAACCUCUCACCUCGUCCAGUAAAAUGCCAACAUUUGAAAAUGAUGCUGAGGGUUUCAUGGGUGGAUUACAAGUUUCGCACGACCAAAACGAAAAAACAGAUUGGUUCACUUCCCUCCUCACUGUUCUCUCCAUGAUUAUAGUAGUCAUGACCUUUCCCUUCUCCAUGAUUUUUUGUCUCAAGAUCGUCGCUGAGUAUGAAAGAGCAGUGGUUUUGAGAAUGGGCCGUUUACUGCCUGGAGGUCAGGGCACGAGAGGUCCAGGUCUCUUCUUCGUCCUCCCUUGUAUCGAUAGCGUGCGGACGGUCGAGCUGCGUACAGUAACUUUCUCCAUUCCCCCUCAAGAGGUGCUUACGCGAGAUUCUGUGACGGUGGCUGUUGACGCAGUUGUCUAUUACAGAAUCUGCAAUCCUGCCGUGUCCAUCCUCAACGUUGAGGACGCGGCAAGAUCCACGCGCCUGCUAGCACAGACUACUUUGAGAAACGUGCUUGGUACAAAGGAUCUUGCUCAAAUACUCAUGGAUAGAGAGGAAAUGUCAGUGACUAUGCAAGCGACCAUCGAUGCUGCCACUGAGGCUUGGGGAGUGAAGGUAAUGCCUUGCUUAUAUAGGUUUAUUUAG